ACGCGCGUGCAGAACCACCCGGAAGUGACUCUGUCCAUGCGAGUCAGUCGAUCGUUGCUGAAACGAAGGAGUCGGUGAAGGCGAACGCAAUACAGCUUUAAAUUUAGUUCUUUUAAAAGAUCAGCCAUGAGUCUGUUAACAAAACCCAAGUCAGAAAUGACUCCUGAAGAGCUGCAGAAACGUGAGGAGGAAGAGUUCAACACUGGGCCCCUGUCAGUGCUCACCCAGUCAGUGAAGAACAACACUCAGGUCCUCAUCAACUGUCGCAACAACAAGAAGCUGCUCGGACGAGUCAAAGCUUUUGACAGGCAUUGCAACAUGGUCUUGGAGAAUGUGAAAGAAAUGUGGACCGAAGUUCCUAAGAGUGGAAAGGGAAAGAAGAAGUCAAAGCCUGUAAACAAAGAUCGCUACAUUUCUAAAAUGUUCCUGAGGGGCGACUCUGUGAUCGUCGUGCUGAGAAAUCCUCUGAUCACAGGAAAAUGAACUCUUCGAAACGUCCAGCUGAAACACUCAAAGGUUUCCAUGAAGUUGUCAUACAGUAACUGGUUUGUGUUUUUGUUGUUUUGACCUUUUAGAAACGAUUGGGCACAAGAGUGGCUCAUUUCCGCUUCUUCUUUUUCAUUUUAAUAAUAAAAGCUAUGAAUAGAUC